GGAGGGUGUGAGGGAGGUGUUGAGGCGGGCAGGUGGGGCCCAGCUCCUCACUCUCCUCCUCGCCUUCACUCCAGUAACAUCCUCUGGCUCAAGAUGCUGUAUUCUACACAAUUAUUAACGGUGGUCUUCCUCAUGGCUGGAGUGACCUGCCAAUAUUUACCUCUGCAGGCUCCGGCUCUGCGUCAGGACUCUGAUACAUCCCUCGCUCUUGGCCACAAUAUUCCCAGGGACACUGAUCGACCACUACCUGUAUUAACUGGAGCAAUCAGUACCCUGCCGAGUAGUGCUCAAUCUAGCCCUGCUAACGACGCCUUCAUUCUCCAGGGCCCUGGCAGCGUCCUCGUUCCUGACGUAGGCCAGCACAGAGGAAAUCUUGUUGAGGGACGUUACUUUCCCCAAGGCUUUCGCAGUGAUGUAGCUCCAGGUCCAGUCGUCGCCCAGGGUCCCUUUGGUGGUCCAGGUCCCGUCGUCGCCCAGGGUCCCUUUGGUGGUCCAGGUCCCGUCGUCGCCCAGGGUCCCUUUGGUGGUCCAGGUCCCGUCGUCGCCCAGGGUCCCUUUGGUGGUCCAGGUCCCGUCGUCGCCCAGGGUCCCUUUGGUGGUCCAGGUCCCGUCGUCGCCCAGGGUCCCUUUGGUGGUCCAGGUCCCGUCGUCGCCCAGGGUCCCUUUGGUGGUCCAGGUCCCGUCGUCGCCCAGGGUCCCUUUGGUGGUCCAGGUCCCGUCGUCGCCCAGGGUCCCUUUGGUGGUCCAGGUCCCGUCGUCGCCCAGGGUCCCUUCGGUGGUCCAGGUCCCGUCGUCGCCCAGGGUCCCUUCGGUGGUCCGGGUCCCGUCGUCGCUCAGGGUCCCGUUAUCGCCCAAGGUCCCUUCGGUGCUCCAGGUCCCGUCGUCGCCCAGGGUCCCUUUGGUGGUCCAGGUCCCGUCGUCGCCCAGGGUCCCUUUGGUGGUCCAGGUCCCGUCGUCGCCCAGGGUCCCUUUGGUGGUCCAGGUCCCGUCGUCGCCCAGGGUCCCUUUGGUGGUCCAGGUCCCGUCGUCGCCCAGGGUCCCUUUGGUGGUCCAGGUCCCGUCGUCGCCCAGGGUCCCUUCGGUGGUCCAGGUCCCGUCGUCGCCCAGGGUCCCUUCGGUAGUCCAGGUCCCGUCGUCGCCCAGGGUCCCUUUGGUGGUACAGGUCCCGUCGUCGCCCAGGGUCCCUUCGGUGGUCCAGGUCCCGUCGUCGCCCAGGGUCCCUUUGGUGGUCCAGGUCCCGUCGUUGGUAGUGGUCCCGCUACCAUAUUCAGCAGUGGCAGGUUGGACCAGGUGGCCGUUCCGCGGGUCGCAGUGGGCAGCACUGGACCUUCUGGAAGUGUUGUCAGACCUGUUGGCGUCCCUCAGGUCAGGAGAGUGGAUGAUGUCUUCCACCCCACUGUCACCAAAGUUGUCACCGUCGACCGUUGCGUCACUGUCACCGACCAAGCCUUCAACAGCGUGGCAGUAACCUUAACGUCCUUCAGCGUGCAGACUGUCACCGUCGGAACACGCUCGGUGCUACAAACUCCAGUUGAUGACCGGGUCGCUCUACAGACGUCUGUCUUUGUCCGGCCAACAUCCGUAACGUUAACGGAAGUGAAGUCUGACUUCAGGAUCGUGACAGAGACGUCACUAAGCUACGUGACCCUCGGCCACACGUCCUACGUCAUCAGCCAGUACACCUACACCACCACGGCCACCCAGGUGUUGACGUAUACAGCGACGGUGGUACACACGAAUAUUAACACCCACAGAACUACUCUCACAAACUACCGCACCGUGACUGAUACGGUAUACGUUAACAGCGGCUACGGCUACCGUCCUCAAUAGUGAACUUUUGUAUUAACAAGUUUAGACCAUGGGUAAAAUGAGGCACGUAGUAUAUUCCUGUAAUGCAUCUAUUUGGUUAGAAUAAAUGUAUUAAUUAAAACAUUUUUAGAC